AUGGGAUUCAGAAAAGAGCAGCAUCGUUGUUGUGGUCGAUUUGAAAUCAGAGCACUUUGGGAAAUAUGGGGUUGUGUCGAUAACAAAUGGCCUCCAUUGAUCGAUACUUGGAUCACACCUACAAUUUACGCGUCAUGCUUACUGAGCGUGUGUAUGAUGAUCGUCAGUGCAUCUGCAACACUCGCGUCGUACAAGGGCCACACACUCUCUCUCAAUAUCAAUUGGUGGAUCUACUAUGUCUUGACCGUACUCGGGUUUAUCAACAGCUGUGCCAACCUGUCCAUCAUGUGUAUCAGCAAAGAUCGGUUCGUUGCAGGAUGUUUCAUGCAGCGACAAGAACAAGAACAACAACAACAACAACAACAAGGAGAACAAAGAGAUGGAAUAACAACGAGUGAAGUAAUGUCGGCCAUUUCAGGAUGCGUUCGGUUGUGGGAGGCAACAGUGGUAUGGGCUGCUGUUGGAUCGAUGGCCACACUACUUUUAAAUAUCGCAUUUGCCUAUAUGCUCUAUCGCGUCAAAUCGCAGCAGCGAUUGUAUUCAACUGCAUCUAUCCAUCCACAUCCUUCACAGCGGAGGGUACUUACGCCACCUUCAUACCAUCAUCCUCUGAUAUCACAGCAGUAUCCCAAUAGCCAGCAGCAACAAAAACAUAUGACGGACGAGGACGGCUUUCAAGUGAUUGAGCUGAAAUGA